AUGGCAUCUGCAUUCAAUUACCAACCCCUACUCGAUGAUGAGGUACGAAUGCUCAAGAUCGAACAUGUUGAAGACACAACAAACACAACCGAGCAUCGUCCAAUAACUUGUUAUCUGGAGAAUGUUUCCCUACCACGAGCCUCAACAACUCCACCGUAUCGACAGUCCAAAGGUCGGGAUAGAACCUGGCCUGAGCUUCGCAGCCAAAACAACUUUGGACCACUCUUCAAUACUGGAGAAGGUUACACCGUUGCUGAGGCUGACUCGAGAACCUCUAGGCACACGAUCAUCGACGAGGAAGCUGUCCUCCCAUGGCGACAUGAAUGGGGUGACUACAUAGCACUGUCCUAUGUGUGGAACCAUCCGAAGAAAUCAGAGGAGCCAGACCAUUAUUUUAUCACCGUCAAUGGCUCUCCCUUCAAAGUCACCCCGAACUUGUAUCACGCUUUGGAAGCACUUAGAAAGAGUGACCGUGUACGUCAAGGUUUCAAAUUAUGGAUUGACGCUAUAUGCAUUGACCAGAGUAAUUUGGAUGAACGUGGCAGACAAGUCGCUCGGAUGCGCGAUAUCUACCAGUCAGCGUGGCAGGUACUUAUAUGGCUCGGUCCAAGCGACGAAAGUAGCGAGUUGGCCUUUUCUGCAUUACACUGGUUAUCCCAAGAGUCGAAGAAACCGAAACCGAUGGAAAGUUUCUACCGCGAGACCGCCUCAGUCAAUAUGGGACCCAUCUUCACCAUGUGGCCAACGUAUCAAAGCCCGAUGAAGAAAGAAGUUUACAAGGCGUUGUUUAACUUCUUCACGAGACCUUAUUGGCGUCGCAUGUGGGUGGUGCAAGAAGUCGCAAUGGGUAACCCCAACAGCCCUGUUCUCUGUGGCGACCAGUGUAUAUCAUGGCAGGAUAUAUAUCAAGCGGUACAACUCAUCGCACGGGACGAGUCUAGGUUCGGUCGCGAGAUUCUCGAUAGUGUGCAGCAGCAAGAAGCCACGACGUGGUCCUUUGAGGUCGCGCGAGACAGACAGAUUUAUGGGGGGAAAUGGGCACCUGAAAGGAUGUGGAAGGUCCAACAGACCAUGAUGCGCAUCCAGAACGACCAACAAGAGGUUUCGUCAGUGAGUGGAUGGAAGGAACUCGGUCUAGCGUUGAAUCUGGCACGAGACGCCUUCAUCACAGAUGACAAAGAUCGAGUAUACGGAAUUCUGGGACUCAAAGCUGUCGCCGAUCGAGUCGAGAUUAAACCCAACUACAAGCUUUCCCAGUCUACCAUUUACUCGCAUUUUGCUGCGGGUCUCAUGGCGAAAGGCGACCUCAAUAUUCUUCGUUUGGCAUCUGGUCAUGGUGGAUACAUCAUGGAGAAUUGGCAGACGGAGCAAGCACAACCUUCUGCCAAGAAUGGCGCCACAAUGUCUUCAUCAUCUCCUAUCAGGAACAAAGGCUCUAAAAACUCUGGGAAAAUUCCCGUUAGUGUCUUGUGCGACCACCCCAUUCCAUCUUGGAGCGUUUGCUGGGCAUGCGCACCCAUUCAGACAGUUCAGCUUGGCGGCGUGUACCAAGCCGACGCGCAGCUAGGCCUCACAGUACCAAACUUCUCCAGAGGUGAGAUCUCUCUCCCUAACGGCAUCUCCAGAAGUCAGGCGACUCUCAUCACGAAGGGUGUCGUGCUGGACAAGAUCACCUCGCUCAGUGCAUCGAACGAGAAGGACGCCGACGCCCGCUAUCCCUAUAGUACUACUUCAUCUGCAAAGAGUACAUACGGAGAUUAUGAAGCUACAAGGGCUGCAUUCUGGAGGACUAUGGUAGGUGACACGACUACACAAGGCGGCGAAAAGGCACCGGACUCAUAUUCUUGGUUGCUUGAGCCCAAACUAUGGCAAAAAGGUAUUGCAGGUGUUUGGACCAAUGGAUUCGGACUACACCACUUCAUGGCGCGCAACUCGUCACUCGAAGUUUGUGGUUUUACGGUACAGGAAUUGGUUUUCGGUCGCAGCAAGUUUAAAUCAAUGCUACAGUCGAUGAUGGUUGAGAACUUCUACAACCCGACAGAGUUCCAACAAGAGUCUUACUCAUGGGCAGUCAAUGCGAUGGCAUGGAGGCGUGUCUUCGGGACCAAAGAAGGAAGAAUGGGAAUGGGAAGUUGCGCGGCUGAAGUAGGUGAUAGUAUUGCACUCAUCAGUGGUUGCAACACUCCGCUCAUUCUUAGAGAGUCGGGCGAUGGUUGGAAACUUGUAGGAGAGUGCUAUAUGCAUGGAGUUAUGUACGGAGAGAUUUCACCUGAGGAGCAUACGUUGGAGGAUAUAACUAUUUACUAA